AAUCAAAUUGGAAGAUUUUGCGGCAAAACGCAAUGAAUUGCUUGCUGAUUUGGCCGAUUUUCAACAAUCCAAGCAGUUUAUUGAAGAAACGAUGAAGACAAUCAGUGAUUUGAAUGAGGAGAAAGAUGCACAUAGUGAAAUGAUCCAGCAAAUCAAUAUGGUAUCUUCGUUGAUUUGCUUUAAAAAAUGUUUCAGCGGAUCAGUAGUGUUUUGCUUUAUGAUAAUGUGCGUCUGGAAGAGCUUUUUUCCCGGAAAAAAAUCUCUUUUUCAUUUUUUAUCUCGUCCACAGAUCUAG